AAUGCAAAUGAAUUUGACGUUUUAGUGAGGUACAAGUCCUAACUUUUCCUUACGUUUUUUGACUAACUUAGCACGAGGUAUCUUUCUAUUAAAGUGUUAAAGAUUAGACUAAAUCGUAUCUAAACGUUAUCCAUAACAUGUACAUGGAUUUAACUUAUGACCCGGAACAAAACGAUAGCGGUAUGGAAUCACUGACAGCUAGUAAAGAUGAUACUCCAGAACGUAGACCCGAAGAUUCAUUUAUUACUCCUGUGCUCGGAACAUCACCAUCUGCAUUGACUCCUGUGUCGGCUGGACCUCUUAAGGAAUAUGAUGAUGAACCAGAUGAAACUCUUUCGGAGAGAUUAUGGGGAUUAUCAGAAAUGUUUCCUGAUCGCGUGCGAAGCGGCACAUACACACUGACAACUAAAACUUGGUCUGGAGUGAAAUCUUUAUAUGGAUUGUCCCGCUCUGUGAUGUGGAUUUUGGCAAGUUCAUCUGUGAUUUUAUUUGCUCCAGUCAUAUUUGAAGUUGAAAGAGCACAAGUUGAGGAAAUGCAAAAGUCACAACAGAAACAGGUGUUGCUGGGAACUAACACUGCACUGUCAGGACCUAUGCCGAACAUGCCACCAAUGCCACGAUAAACCAAAAUCACAAAGACUAUUUUAGAAUUCUAAUAAUUAAUUUCCUAUUAUGACACACAAUACAUAUGGGAAGGAAUUCUUUGCAUGUCUAUGCUUUAAUAUUAGUUUGUUAGUUAAAUAAAUAGGUAACAAAAAUAUA